AUGAUGUUGAAAUGUGACAGCUGCGUUCAGUUCGACGAGCUACAGAAGGUUCAUCAUAUUCUUUACGAUUUGGUUAGAGAUAUCAAUGCAGCAUACGGAUUACAAAACUUCGCAGAAGUAACGACGUCUCUUUUUAAUGUUAUUCUAAAUAUUUACUUAGCAGCAGUUAAUUUCCUUCAUAUAGGAGCCCCCUGGUUUGGUCAAUCUAAAACAGAAGGUGUGCGCCAAGUUUUGCCAUAUGUGUUGAUGUCAGUGUGGCGCUUGGUAAUCAUAGUGUACAGCUGUGAUGUGGUCAUCCAGGAGGCCAACCGCACAGAACAGCUGAUCAACAAGCUGCUGCUGCUGACAACACUUGGCAACUGUGGCCAUUGGAAAGGACUGCAGAGCUUCGCCCGCCAGAUAGCUCGCAGUCGACUCCAUUACGACGCUUUAGGACUCUUCUCCCUUGACCGAGUACUGCUGGCGAACUGUGUGGCCACUUUGACGACGUACCUCGUGAUUCUCGUCCAAUUUGGCUUGUCUGGAGACAACAAAACAUAA